GCAUUUGUGCUACUUCGUCAACCUCUCGUCAUUUCUCAUCUAUCUUCUUCCUCUACAGUACUUCAACCUUUUUUAUUUUCCUUGGCAUUUUCCAUUUUUAACACCCUCCAAAAAAAAACAAUAAAAAAUACUCCUUCAAAAUAAACCCAUCUUUCUUGCUGUGCUUAUCAUCAAUUUCUCUCUACCAAUUUCCCAGUUUUUUUCCAGCACUCUUCUACUCUUCCAUCGUUAAAAUAAAAAAAAAGAAACCUUCAAACAAUUUUCAAUUAAUUGAUGAAAUUUUAUAGCUGAUCAUUUUUCACUUUUUCCCAAAUUAAAGAAUUAAAGAUUAAAAUCUUAUAAAUUAUAAGGAGAGAAAAAAAUUGGAGAAAAUUAGAGGAAUAUUAAAGGAGAAAAUACUAAGGGAACGAAAAACAAUAAUGGGGGCAGCUGGUUCCAAAUUGGAGAAAGCCCUCGGUGAUCAUUUUCCUGAAGGUGAAAGAUACUUUGGUCUCGAAAAUUUCGGCAAUACUUGCUAUUGCAACAGUGUUUUACAGGCACUUUACUUCUGUGUCCCAUUUCGUGAGAAAUUACUGGAAUACUAUGAGAAAAACAAAAAUCCUGCUGACCCAGAAGAAAAUUUGCUCACGUGUUUGGCAGAUCUAUUCACACAGAUAAGUUCCCAGAAGAAGAAAACUGGGGUAAUUGCUCCGAAACGCUUUGUACAGAGAGUUAGGAAAGAAAAUGAGCUUUUUCGUGGUUACAUGCAUCAGGAUGCUCAUGAAUUCCUGAACUUUUUGUUGAAUGAACUUGUCGAUAUACUGGAGAAAGAAUCUUCAACUGUAAAAGAUGGCUCAGAUACAUCGUCUGAAAAGAUUGCAAAUGGGCCUACAAAUGGCUUAACGAAUGGUGUACAUAAGGAACCUCUUGUUACUUGGGUUCAUAAAAAUUUUCAGGGUAUAUUGACAAACGAAACAAAGUGUCUGAGGUGUGAGACUGUCACUGCCAGAGAUGAGACGUUCUUCGAUUUAAGCCUUGAUAUAGAACAAAAUAGCUCCAUUACGAGCUGCCUCAAGAACUUCAGCUCAACUGAAACUUUGAAUGCUGAGGAUAAGUUUUUCUGUGACAAAUGCUGUAGUUUGCAAGAAGCACAAAAGAGGAUGAAGAUUAAAAAGCCGCCUCACAUCCUUGUCAUUCAUCUAAAGCGCUUCAAAUACAUAGAGAAUCUUGGUCGGUACAAGAAGCUUUCUUACCGGGUGGUGUUCCCGUUGGAGCUAAAAUUAACAAACACAGUGGAGGAUGCAGACUCCGAGUAUUCUUUAUUUGCUGUAGUUAUACACGUAGGGACAGGACCAAACCAUGGUCACUACGUCAGCCUUGUGAAAAGCCAUAACCACUGGCUGUUUUUCGACGACGAGAAUGUCGAUAUAAUAGACGAGUCGGCAGUUCAGACUUUCUUUGGAUCAGCGCAAGAGUAUUCUAGCAACUCGGAGCACGGAUAUAUUUUGUUCUAUGAAAGGCUUACAAGCGAGACAUAACAAGUUAACCAAAUUUUUUUUUGUCUCGGACAACUUGUCUCUACUCAUGUCAUGUGUAACUUGUGAAUUAAGCGCGAAAACCUCAAAGUUCCUGUUGUACAGACGAUGGAGUAUCGUUUUUUCUUCUGUUACAUUCUCUUUAGUUUUCCCGAUGGGGAUGAAAAUAAAUCGAUUGUAAAUGUCAGUGUGAAGAAAUAUGUGCACCAACUUAUGGGCUGCCGAUAAUUACAAAUCGGAUUUUAUACACUCCAGCUCAGGAUCUUUUGCAUUUUCGCUCUGCACCUUCUGGGUUUUCAUUAGUGCCUGAUUACUUUGGAAGCUUGUAUAAUGCUGGUUGAAGAAAGAAAAUUGCACUUGACCUUUGAAAGUUCUGUGGGUUGUUCUUGGAUGAUUUUGCUAGUGAUGAUGAAAAAUUUAUUUCUCUUUCAAGUUUUAAGAUGGUUUUGCUAGUUAAGUUCAUAGAAUGUAGCAUUUUAAUUUUUAUGUGACCAAGUUUUGUGCAAGCUGUAUUGUAAAUGAAAUGAUGACUUGUAUGUGGCUUCCUAUAGGGCAUCAACAUAUAAUAAGAUUCAUUUCUAAAUAAUAGUUGGAACGUAUGAAUACAAUUUAGUGGUUGUACCUUGUAUUCGCCUUAAUUUAGGAGGGUAUGGAUACACUAAAUAGUUGUGUAUGAAAAGUCAUACAAUCAUGAGUGAUAGAUAGGUAGUUGAGGCUUGCCUACCCUAUGACCCAUCCACCCCAAAUCCGUCCAUUACGCACACUACUUGCCCUUGUAAUAUUCUAAUUAGCAUUUAAAGUUCUAUUUUUAGAUGUCUCAGAUCUUAUUGAUGGCAGGUAGAUGGAUAUGAGGCGAGUAUGACUAUAGUGAAUAUAUAACUAGUUACUCCCUAUGUUAUGUAUAAUUUAGGGUAAAAAGAAAAUUGUUGUUUUCUAAGAAAAAGGUGAAUAAUGGGAAUAAAUAAAGAGAGUUUGAAUCGUGUAGAUAAAAUUAAAAAAGAGUUAAAAGGUAUGAAUGAGAUUAAAAGAAAGUGAUGGGUC